CUAAAGCUCGCCAAAUUUAGAUGGAAGUAUGCGAAUUCGAAUCGUGGUCAUGCAUGAUGGCGUUAUACCUGCUGAUCAUGGCAUCAAUUCAUGCUGACGGAGCCUCCUUCGCUCUUCCGUUUGACCAGUUGCUGACGACUUGCAAUGGCAGCUAACUUCUCUAGUGUCCCAGUCCUCGACUUUGCUCUCGUGUCCGAUAAUGCCACGAAACCAGAGUUCAUCUUGCAGCUCCGGCAUGCGUUGGUUAAUGUCGGAUUCCUGUAUCUCAACAACCACACCGUCUCACAGAAAGUUACAAAUGAUUUAAUUGACUAUAUCCCCCGACUCUUUGAUCUUCCCCAGGAGGCUAAGAACCGGAUCCUUAUGGCGAAUUCACCGCAUUUCCUUGGGUACUCCAAGUUAGGUACGGAAUUUACCAAAGGCAAGACAGAUUAUAGAGAGCAAUUCGACUUCGCAACACCUCAUGAGACGCAGUGGAAACCCGGCGCCCCUGAGCAUCUGCGCCUGUGGGGACCUUGCCAGUGGCCAGAUGAGGUCCUUAUUCCAGGGUUUAAAAACACCAUGGAGACAUAUCUCCAGCAGGUUCAGGCUCUGAGCUACCAAUUCAUCAGCUUACUCGGGGAGGCUUUUGGCCUUCCGUCGGAUGCAUUGAACAAGUUUUACGAUACUGAUGAAUUGAUGCAGCACCGCGGAAAGAUCGUCAAAUAUCCCGCUAAUGAUGGUUCUCUAACUGAUCAAGGCGUGGGCCCCCACUACGACGCCGGUUUCCUGACCUUCCUUCUUGUCGCGUCACCCCAUCGCGGUCUGCAGGUGCAAAAUCUUUCUGGGCAAUGGAUCGACGUUCCUCCUAUCCCAGGAACGUUCGUUGUGAAUAUCGGAAAGGCACUCGAGUUUGUGACCCGCGGAUUGGCGAGAGCCACAUCGCACCGCGUCUUAUCUCCCCCUGUGGGUUCGACUCCCCGCUAUUCUGUGCCGUUUUUCCAGAAUAUCAGUCUGAACGCUCGCCUCGCUGAUGAAGUCUUAGACUUCCCACCUGAGAUCCUUCAGCUUAAACAACUUCGAGGAGACCCUGUUCAGACUGACUCUGUCAAUUUUACGGAGUUUGACCGCGAGCCAUCCGGAAAAGUGAACCUCAUCGGGCGAGUGAAGAGUCACCCUGACGUUGCGCAACGCCACUACGCGGACCUUUUCGCACAAUACUUCCCCAACGGCCUGCCAAAGCAAGUCAGUGCGUAUUGAGCUUGAGAAGAGCAGAUCUGUACUCUAGAUAUUUCCCCCGCUGUACCAAAUCAAGGAAACUUCAAUUUGCAACGGGUGGAUGCCUGUUAGGACAUUACAACCCUGGAUUUAUGGGGAAAGAAGAUUUCUUACGACCCCUCGAUUUCCUCCCGAGGAUAU